AUGGCGACGUUGACACUACUUAUCCUGUCCGUGGUGUGCCUCUUCGCACACGGUCUGCCAAACCCCCCAGCAACAAGAAACACAAUCUUCUUAGACGAGAAGCUUGAGGGGCAAAUCUUCGAAAACAUCGAUGCUUUCAACGCACUUUCAACUGACGAUAUACAAAAAUACCGUUUACCUACUACCACUCGUCCCAAAACUUACAACGUUCUCUGGACAGUCGAUACCACCCAAUUAAUAUUUUCUGGAACUGUUUCCAUACAACUGGAGGCUACGCAGGCCAAUGUGACUGAAAUCGUUAUCCAUGCUCACGACAUGACGAUUGGUGACUUGGUACUGGAGCUUGGUAAUACUGCUAUUCCACAGACUUAUAAGCUAGAACCUGAAUUGCACUUUUUAAGGAUUACUCUGGGUGAUGGUGCAGUUUUACAGUACAACAAUGUAAACUCUGUGGAGUACACAUUAAAGAUUACUUUCAACAGUACCCUUCGAGAUGACAUGUAUGGUAUCUACAAGAGUUGGUUCAGGAAUAAUCCUGAUGAGAGCGUAAGAUGGAUCGCUUCUACUCAAUUCCAAGCGACUGCUGCUCGUUUCGCCUUCCCCUGUUACGAUGAACCUAGCUUCAAGGCCGAAUUUAACGUAGUUAUCCGGCGACCAUCCACCCACAAAAGCUGGUUCUGCACGACUAUUGUGGAUACAAGGAACGUCGUUCAGAACUACGUGGAUGAUGUAUACGCUACUACGCCGACUAUGUCAACAUAUCUUCUGGCACUUGUAGUAGCAGAGUAUGCAUCUCUGACAGACAAAGUUGAUAACAGCAAUAAUUAUUAUGAGGUUAUCGCAAGACCAGGUGCGCUGGACGUUUCCAAGGCGAAUAACUUAGGGAAAUACGCUUUAGAUACCGGGAGAAAGCUUACAGAAGCAAUGAAUGCACAUACUGCUAUAAACUACUUUGAUAUGCACCCGAAUCUUAUCAAAAUGACUCACGCUGCUAUUCCUGACUUCUCUGCUGGUGCUAUGGAAAAUUGGGGACUGAUUACUUACAGAGAAGCGUAUAUCCUGUACGAUGAGAACGAAUCCAACGACUACAGUAAACAGAUCAUCGCGUACAUAUUAUCGCAUGAAAUCGCUCAUAUGUGGUUCGGGAACCUUGUUACGUGCGACUUCUGGGACAAUUUAUGGCUGAACGAGGGCUUCGCCAGAUACUAUCAAUACUUCCUCACUCACAAGGUUGAAGAAGAAAUGGGUCUAGCUAUUCGAUUCAUAAACGAGCAGGUUCAUACAGCUUUAUUGUUUGACUCAUCGGAGAAUGCUCAUCCUCUUACAAAUCCAGUCGGCAGUGCGGAGUCAGUGCGCGGCAUGUUCUCAACCAUAUCUUACAACAAAGGUGCAGCGAUCAUUAGGAUGACUGAACAUCUUCUGGGUACGGAGGUGCAUGAAGCUGGUCUCCGGAAUUAUUUAGCCGAGAGACGCUUCCAGACUGCGGAGCCUAUUCAUCUUUUCCGAGCACUUCAAAAUGCGGCUGAGGCAGCUGGUGCAAUUUCGCAAUACGAAGGUUUCUCGGUUAUCGAUUAUUAUAAAAGUUGGACUGAACAAAAUGGCCACCCGCUCUUGUUCGUUGAAGUUAACCACCGAACAGGGCAAAUGACAAUUACUCAGAUAUGUGUUCUUACAGGUUUCUACCGCGUCAACUACGAUGAUUACACAUGGGAUCUCAUAGUUAUUGCCCUACGUGGUCCUAACAGAGAUGCCAUUCAUGAAUAUAACAGAGCACAGAUUGUAAACGAUGUAUUCCAAUUCGCUCGCGCUGGUCUCAUGUCCUACAACCGAGCCUUCAAUAUCCUCUCGUUCCUUAAAGACGAGACUGAUUACACCCCAUGGGUUGCUGCGAUUACCGGAUUCAAUUGGCUCCAGAACAGGCUCGUUGGCACCGAGUACCAGGCUAAAUUGGAGAAACUGAUGGUAGAUUUAGCAGAGAAGGUUACGGCGGAAUUAACGUACACUCCCAAAGAGGGAGAAAGUUUCAUGAGGGCAUACCUGAGGUACCAGCUGGCUCCGGUGAUGUGCAGACUGAAGGUAGGCGCUUGUCGCCAGUCUGCGGUAACACAGUUCCGCGCACUCGUUACCACUUCUGCACCGGUCACAGUAAAUAACCGUCACUGGGUGUAUUGCAACGGCCUCCGCGAAGGAAGCCAAGAAGAGUUCGACUAUUUGUGGAGGCGCUACCUCAACCACAACGUUUACACCGAGAAGAUACUUAUCCUUCAAAACAUCGGAUGCACCAAUCACCCCGCAUCGCUGACUCAGUUCCUUACAAGCAUCAUAAAGAAUAAUACUGAAAUCCGCCCUCAAGAUUACAGCUCAGCAUUCAACAGCGCUUUGACUGGCAACGAAGAGAACACUGGCAUCGUCCUGCAAUUUGUACAGGCGAAUGUAGAGGAGGUUCUAGAAGUCCUCAAAACGUCGGCUCUAACAAACACCAUUGCCAGAUUGCGAUCAAAUGAUGAACUUGAUAAGCUCCAAACGUGGGCAACAGUCAACCAAGACCGUCUAGGAACCGAGGCAUUGAACGCUGUAACAAGGAGUAUCCAAUCAACUCGCCAAGGACUAGAGUGGUACACAACAAUUCAAGACGACCUUGAUGACUAUUUCGAGAAUGAGAAUGUUGUUAUCACCACAAGCUCCACAACAGUAGCACCAGUAACCAACCCCACUACUGUAACUGCGCCACCGUUAGAACAACCGACAACUCCUGAUAUACCUGAUUCAGCGAUGACAUCAGCUCUUUCCAUAGUUGCGCUAACAGCAGCGGUUGCCUUCCGCUGGUUCACCCUCCUAUUGGGGGUCGCCCUACUUCAGGGUGUUCUCACCUUAAGCCCCAUACCAGUACCAGGGGAAGAUGAGUGGGAGGAAUUUGGCCGAAUGUUGCGGAACCCUGCAUACCGCCUACCAACAACAACCAAACCAUCUAAAUACGAAGUAACUCUAACACCUUAUUUCGAUAUAACACCAUCACCAAAUAUCAAGCCGUUCAGCUUUGAUGGAGAUGUUUCAAUAAAUAUAGCUGCAACUGAAUCAGAUUUAAAAGAAAUAGUAUUGCAUUGCAACGACUUAACAAUAGAAAGAGUGCAAGUAACGUUAAGUGAUGUUCAAGUGGAAUUGACAAGCGGAACUUUCGAGUGCGAGAUGCCGUACAGUUUUUUGAGGAUAGGUUUGAAGGAACCAUUGCAACUCAACCAGGAGUACAAGGUUAAUAUAUUGUUCAAAGGGAAUCUACAAGAGAAUAUGCGAGGCUUUUACAAAAGUUGGUAUAAAGACGGAAAUGUAAAAAGGUGGAUGGGAACGACGCAAUUCCAGCCCGGUCAUGCGCGUCAAGCUUUCCCUUGUUACGAUGAACCAGGUUUCAAAGCGUACUUUGAUAUCACCAUCAUCAGAGAGCCAGACUUCAGUCCUACGAUAUCCAACAUGCCUAUGAAGAGUAAUAGAACUUUGGAUAAUGGUAGAGUGGCAGAGACAUUCCUGACAACUCCACUGAUGUCUACAUAUUUAAUAGCAUUCAUUGUGUCGCACUAUGACAGAAUAUCAGAUGGGAAUAACGUAGAGCGUCCAUUUGGAAUUUACGCUAGGAAAUCCGCUGGUAGGACCGGAGACUAUGCCCUCGAGGUUGGUGAGAAACUCCUUAACCAGAUGGAGGUAUUUACAGACAUAUCAUAUUACACUAUGGCAGAUAAAAUUGAUAUGAAACAAGCUGCCAUUCCUGAUUUUUCCGCCGGUGCUAUGGAGAAUUGGGGUUUGUUAACUUACAGGGAGGCCUUGAUUCUAUAUGAUCCACUCAAUACCAACCACUUUUACAAGCAGCGAGUGGCUAACAUAGUGUCACACGAAAUCACUCACAUGUGGUUUGGAAAUCUAGUCACAUGCGCCUGGUGGGACAACCUUUGGCUAAACGAGGGGUUCGCCAGAUAUUAUCAAUACUACUUGACACAUAUGGUCGAACCAGAGCUUGGCUACGAUAUUCGGUUCAUAGUAGAGCAAGUGCACCAAGCCAUGUUGUCAGAUUCUGUUGACACUGCACAUUCGAUGACUAACCCGGCAGUGAACGAUCCCUCAAGCGUAUCUAGUCAUUUCUCAGUUAUCACCUAUGCGAGAGGAGCAUCAAUCUUAAGAAUGACCCAACAUUUCCUUGGCAAUGCCACUUACGUCAAAGGAUUACGAAAAUAUCUUAAGGCCAGAGCAUUCAACGUAGCAGAACCUCACCAUUUAUUUGAAAGCUUAGAUGCCGUUGCGGCUGAAGACGGUUCUCUAGCAGGCUAUGGCAACAUUACUAUAGAUUCCUACUUUAGAUCGUGGUCCGAAAAAGCAGGUCACCCAGUUUUAACCGUUGAAAUCAACCAAAGGACUGGAGAAAUGGUGGUCACACAGGAUCGAUGGGAGCGCGACACCGGUGUUUCAAAUCAGCCAAGUCUCUGGGACAUUCCCAUCACAUGGACGAGGGCGGGUGUAGCUGACUUCGAAAAUUUGAAACCUUCACAAGUUAUAACGGGAAAGACAACAUCUAUAAAAAGAGGAACUCUGGGCCUAGAGUGGGUAAUAUUUAACAAACAGGAAUCUGGUUUUUACAAAGUCAACUAUGACUAUACUAACUGGGCCCUUAUUACAAGAGCCCUUAGAGGAGCCGAAAGGACAGUGAUUCAUGAACUUAAUCGAGCACAGAUAGUAGACGAUCUCUUUAAUUUCGCCCGCGCUGGAGUUAUGCGCUAUAACAGAGCCUUAAACAUUAUUUCAUUUUUGGAGUUUGAAGAUGCAUACGCACCGUGGAUUGCUGCUAUCACAGGUUUCAAUUUUGCAUUGGGUAGAUUAGCACCAGACAGUGAGAAUUUACAAAAACUUAAGAAUGAAGCUAUCAAUCUAAGUGAAGCCGUGACCAAACGUCUUGGUUACAUGGAGGUUAAUGGCGAGAGUUACAUGGAUGGGUUGUUCCGCAUGCACGUCCUAACUUUCCUCUGCAAUAUUGGUCAUCCCCAAUGCAUGGCCGCUGCAAAAGAAAACUUCGCCGCUUGGAGGAACGGUGGAUACAUACCUCCCAAUAUGCGACCAUGGGUAUACUGUAGUGGUCUCAGACAAGGAACCGCGGCAGAUUUCAAUUACUUCUGGAGCCGCUAUGAAACAGAAGAUCUAGCUAGUGAGAUAGUAGUUAUGAUAAACGCAGCUGGUUGCACAAGCGAUCAACCUAGUUUAGAAAAGUUCCUAAAUGCGAUUGUAUCCGUGGAUAAUAUUUAUGUGAGACCACAAGAUUGGAGUGCUGCCUGGAGUUCAGCGGCAUCAGGGAAUCCAAAAAAUCCUAUGAGAAUUUUUGAAUGGCUAACAAAAAAUGUCGAUGAAGUUAAAAGUGCAAAUAAUAGUGCUGCAACUCCUAUAAGUAACAUUGCAUCACGUUUACGAAAUGAACAGGAAUUAAACCAGUUUACAGCAUGGCUUCAGCAAAACAGCGUGCUUCUCGGAGCAGCGUAUCAAACCGGAGUAAAUGGCGUAGCCGCCACUAGAAGAAAUCAUGAAUGGACGACGCGACGUGUGGGUGAAUUCGCAAGUUAUUUUGAAACUGGUUAUGUAGAGGAUGACAUCUCUGAAGGUGAUGGUGGUGAUACUGGAGGUGAUGGAGCAAGUGUAGCAACACUUAGUAUCAUUACUCUCAUUGCAACUAUGACUGCUAUCUUGAUGAAAGUACGAAGAGCCGACUCCCACAUAAAAUGGGAUAGAGCUAGAAAGAAGAAGAAGAUCAAGCAAGACAAAACACAUCCUACCCCGCCUCCAACUGCUAAAAGUCUCAAAAUGAUGGUCACGUCUCUUUUAUUUCUCCUCGUUGGUUUAGCUCAUGCUGAACCAGGGGAUAUUUCACCAGAUCUUGAAUUCAUCGGCUAUACAACCAAUUUAGAUUCACCUAAAUACAGAUUGAAGGACAACGUGCAACCUCGAAAUUUUAUUGUUGACCUAGAUGUUUAUUUGUCUCAGUCUAGAUUCAACGGUACGGUCCAAGUUGAGAUUGAAACACUCAGGGAAAAUCUUGCCCAAAUUGUUAUGCACCAAAACGUAGAUUCUAUUAUGGCUAUAACUGUGUUAGACGCCAACAAUCAGACGGUAAUCCUACAGACUCCGGAACCAUUCGAAACAGACGAUUACUUUGAAAUACUUAAAAUCAAUUUUGCGUCUUUAAUAACUCCUGGCCGUUAUACAAUCAUAAUUAAUUACUCUGGACUUAUCAACGAGAAUCCUCUUGAUCGUGGCUUUUACAAAGGCUAUUAUUACGAUGGGAGUGUACGCCGCGAGUAUGCUACAACACAAUUUCAACCCUUUCAUGCAAGAAAAGCUUUUCCAUGUUUCGACGAACCUCAAUUUAAAUGCCCAUUCACAAUUUCUAUAACACGUGACUCAUACCUUAGUCCCACUUUUUCCAACAUGGCAAUCGCAAAAACAGAACAAGUAACAUCGAACCGUAUUCGUGAGACAUUUUUACCAACUCCAGUAAUUUCGUCUUACCUCAUUGCUUUCCACGUUAGUGAUUUUGUAGCAACCAAUACUUCUGCCACUGUUAGCAAGCCCUUGCAAAUAAUAUCCCGCCCUGGCGUUACAAGUCAACAUGGAUACGCCGCAGAUAUGGGCGCAAAGAUAACCAAUGGAAUGGAUCAAUAUUUUGAUAUUAAUUACUAUGAUAUGGGUCAGGGACGACCUAUGAAAAACGAUCAUAUCGCGUUGCCUGAUUUUCCAUCUGGUGCUAUGGAAAAUUGGGGAAUGGUAAACUAUAGGGAAGCUUAUUUGCUUUAUGAUGAAGAACAUACUAAUAUUUUGGACCAAAUAUUUAUGGCUACCAUUGUUGCUCACGAGCUUGCGCAUAAAUGGUUUGGCAAUUUGGUAACUUGCUUCUGGUGGAGUAACCUGUGGCUUAAUGAGUCUUUUGCAAGUUAUUUUGAGCAUUUUGGUGCUCAUAUGGCGGAUCCAUCCCUGGAACUGGAUGACCGUUUCAUUACAAGCCAAGUUCAAAGAGCUUUAAGUGCUGACAUGAGUUCAACUAUUACACCUAUGAACUGGUCGGAUGUAGCUGAUAAUCCAUCAAUCUCAUCACACUUUAGUACUACGAGCUAUGUCAAGGGAGCUUCAGUUCUAAGAACUAUUGAGCAUCUUAUUGGUUACACGACAUUCAGAAAUGCUUUGAGAUAUUACUUGAAGGAUAAUGCUUACGGUAUUGGCUACCCGAUAGAUUUGUACAAUGCUCUAAGGAAAGCAGUAGCAGAAGAUGCCACGUUUCAAACAACCUAUCCCAACGUGGACAUUGGUGAUGUACUUGAUAGCUGGGUACAGAAUCCUGGGUCGCCAGUCGUUAAUGUUGAUGUCAAUAUGGACACGGGUCUUAUCAGAUUAUCUCAGGAACGCUUCCAACUGUCCGGAACGGCACCGAAUCAUCUCUGGCAUAUUCCCAUCACAUGGACGCAUAGAGGAAGUGCCAACUUCAAUAAUCUGAAGCCAACUAUGAUUCUGUCUGGCAGAAAUGCAACUAUUCAGAAUUUGCCUGGCCAUAAUUGGAUAGCAAAUGACGUUCUAUUUUUCCUCCGCGCUGGUAAAAUCAAAGUAAACCGCGCAUUCGAUGUUCUCUCAUUCUUGAAGGAUGAGAGCGAUUAUUAUGUUUGGAAUGGACCAUUGGCUCAGCUCGACUGGAUUAGAAGCAGAUUGGAGCAUAUGCCUUCAGCUCAUGCCGAAUUCAGUGCCUACAUUUUGGACUUGCUUAGUGGUGCAAUAGAUCAGUUGGGCUACAACCAAAAUGCCACUGACUCAGUUUCUGUCAUCCAAAGUAGGAUGCAAGUCUUAAACUAUGCCUGUCUACUUGGCCAUGAGGGUUGCAUUAGUGACAGUGUUAAUAAAUGGAAUGCCUUCAGAGCUAACCCUACUAAUCUAGUUCCCAAGAAUGCUCGUCGAUAUGUAUACUGCACUGGUAUCCGACAAGGUAACGCCUCCGACUUCAACUUCCUCUUUGAAAGAUACAACUCCUCCCAAAACACCGCUGAUAUGGUUGUUAUGCUGCGUGCCCUUGCAUGCACCAAACAUGAAGCUUCUUUGAGACACUACCUCUUCCAGUCAAUGCAUAGCGAUAAAAUAAGAAUCCACGACCGUACGAAUGCCUUUAGUUACGCCCUUCAGGGGAACAAAGAGAAUCUUAAGAUUGUCCUGAACUUCUUAUAUCAAAACUACCAAGAAAUUAGGGAAGCGUAUGGUGGAGAAGCUAGACUGUCGACUGCUAUAAGCGCGCUAGCAUCAUACCUAACUGAUUACAAAGAUAUUGUGGAGUUCCAAACUUGGUUGUACGCCAAUCAAGUGCCAUUGGCGGGUUCCUUCAGGACAGGAGUAAGUGUGAUAAGCACAGCAAUGAACAACAUAGGAUGGGGCAACGACGCAGCCAAAGAAGUCAUUUUAGCGAUCAGAGGAUCAUCAUCAGCCAUCACUGCAUCCAUAACCUUGCUUUUAUUAGCUGUAGUUACUCAUAUCUUCAAAUGCCUUGGUAAGGACAUUUCUUCAGAGAUGUCCUGGCUCCUUGUGACAUUUUUGGGUACAGCGAUCUUAGCAGUCAGUGCGGAUCAUCCGUUAUGGAUAAACGAGAUAGAGGAACUGCCCGAUAUUGAAAGAACUGUAUCUAGGAGUUCUGAUAAAGCAUACCGCUUACCAGAAAACGUCGUACCAUUAGAAUAUGAUAUUUAUAUAGACCUAUUUUUCGCUGAAAGGACUGAUCGGCCAUUUAGUUACGAUGGAAGGGAGACUAUUCUUAUUCAGGCUGUAGAAGAAAAUGUUACGACUGUAGUAACACAUGCCAAUGUCGACAGUAUAAACGAUGUACGACUUACUGCAGAUAAUGGUAGCCCCGUCAUUCUUACAUUUGCAACUGAACCGCUAUAUCACUUCUUAAAGAUUAACCUACAGCAACCACUAACUGUAGGGAGAAAUUAUUCUUUGUACAUAGAAUAUACAAAGGCAAUGAACGAAGGCCCGUUAAAAAGAGGCAUUUGGCGGGGAUGGUAUACCGACGACAAAGGUGUUGAAAGAAUAUAUGCAGCGACCCACUUCCAACCGUACAGUGCAAGACAAGCAUUUCCUUGCUGGGAUGAACCCCUUUUUAAAGCGGUUUUCAAACUACAUCUAUCUAGACCACUUAAUUACAAUGGAAUGUUUUCUAACACAGGAAUAGAAAGAAGUGAGAGCAUUGGCGAUAACCGCAUACGUGAUCACUUCUUAGCAACUCCUAAGAUGUCUUCAUACUUAGUAACAUUCCUCGUGAGCGAGACAUUCCGCGUUAUAGCAAGCGACACAACCUUUAAUCCACCAAUAAGAGUCAUCGGCAGAUCGAAUACGGCUGGUUUGGGCAACCACGCUUUACAGCUGACCGUCGGGAUGACGAAAUUCUUUGACGAAUACUUCCAGAUACCAUAUUCGACUUUACACGCUAAUUUGUCGAACGAUCAUAUUGCCUCACCAGAUUGGGCAUCUGCUGGUACUGAAAAUUGGGGAAUGGUUAGCUACAGAGAAUUGCAUUUAAUUGUUGAUCCACGAGAAACAAUCAUGUCUGUAGAACAUUAUACAACGACACUCGUUUCUCACGAACUUACUCACAAAUGGUUUGGCAAUCUGGUGACUUGCUACUGGUGGAGCAACACGUGGAUUAACGAAGGCUUUGCUAGUUAUUUCGGAUAUAUUGCUGCUCAUCAGGUAUUCCCACAAUACGCUCUCGAUGAGCACUUCAACUCUCGAUACCUCCAGGGGAGUUUAUCAUUUGACUCUGGUGUCUCGACUGUUCCAUUAAACUAUGACGUGAACACACCGGCUCAAGUGACAGGACAUUUUGGCACCGUCAGUUACUCCAAAGGUGCUGCCUUUUUAAGAAUGCUAGCUGACAUGAUAACUCCGGCUACUUUCAGAAAAGCUUGCCAGUACUUCUUGUUGGAUAAUAUGUAUGAAGCAACGGAUCAAUACGACUUGUUCCGAGCAUUUCAGAGGGCUGUUAAUGAAGAUGGGACUUUGAGAGAAUACGAAAAUUUCGACUUCGCCGAUUUCUACCGCAUUUGGGUCAAUGAGCCCGGAUAUCCGCUGCUGACCGUUAAUGUGGACCAUAAAAGCGGCGUAAUCGCAUUAAGUCAGGAAAGAUUUUUUAUCAGCCCUACAGCGACACCUACUCAACAAAUCUAUCCCAUACCAAUUACGUAUUUCACAAAGUCUAACCACUCUAUGGGAUUGAAACCGUCACACAUGAUGACGACCAAGAACGCAGUACUUCAAAAGACGCCAGGUCGAGAGUGGAUUUUUGUAAACGUUAACCAACAUGGACAUUACCGCGUCACAUAUGAUAGUGAAACUUGGGAUUUAAUAGCAGAGGUUCUGCUUGAUUCUCCAACAACCGUUAAUGAAUUAAACCGAGCGCAAGUCGUCGAUGACGUAUUUGCUUUGAUGAGAUCCGAGAAGAUGAAUUACAGUUUUGGUUUCAAAAUUCUUAGGUUCCUUCGGUAUGAAACUAACUAUCACGUUUGGAGACCAGCUAUCAGUGGUUAUUCCUUCCUUAGGAACAGAUUCCGGCAUCAACCCGAAGUUCAAGCCACAUUUGACUCAUUCAUUUUGAGUUACAUGGAAGUUGUUAUAAAUGUAAUUGGUUUUGAAACCCAGCCAUUGGAAUCGGUCACAGAUAGCUUACUGCGUCAAGAAGUACUACAUUUCGCGUGCACUCUAGGACAUUCGGAUUGUGAGAAUGACUCUGAAGAAAAAUUCAAUAAUAUGAUGUCCGACCACCGUUAUUGGGUUGAUCCUCGUAUCCGUCGCCAUGUUUACGAAAUGGGUAUUAGAAGAGGCGGGCAUGACGAAUUUGAGUUUCUUUUAAACCGAUUCAGAGCAUCUAAUAUUGCCAACGAUCAAUUAGAAAUGCUUAGAGGACUCGCUUCAACGCGUAUACCCGAGUUAUUGACAAGAUACCUGGAGAUGACAUUGGACAAAGUUGUGCGGCACCAUGAUAAAGUUACUGCUUUCAAUUACGCUCUUCUUGGGAAUAAAGCAAAUGCUAACACUGUGCUAAGCUUUGUUAAAAAUAAUAUCGAUGCAAUCAGAAAAGCCUAUACCGAAGACAGUCCCGUGACCCCAGUACAUACUGCACUAACUAAUCUAGCAUCUUACUUAGACGAAGAUGCUCUGGAAGAGUACGAAGGUUGGCUUCGCAGUACACAAAGCAAUACAGCUCAAUUCACCCGAGCCAUAUCUGCUAUUAAUUCUGCAAGGAACAAUAUGGCUUGGGGUAUAGCUAAUGCAGACAUGAUUUUACUAGCUGCAAGGGAUGGAGCUACUACAGUUAUUAUUUCGUCUGUUUUAUUAAUAGCAAUGUCUUUAAUAGCGAUGAUUGCUUAA